AUGAAGGGCCUUCGCACCGCCGCCCUCGCGGCCAUCCUCUCCUCCGCCGCCUAUCUCGUCCUCGCCGACGAUACCACCUGCGAGAACAUCCUCUCCCCCAGCUACCCCGUCCCGGCCGUCCACCCGGGAUGGAAAGCCCAGCUCAUCAUGGAAGGGCUCGUGAGGCCCCGUACCCUCGAGGUCGACGCCGAGGGCGCCCUCCUCAUCCUCGACGCCGGCGUCGGCAUCCGUCGCGUCACCUUCACCGACCACGGGUCCACCUGUCUCGAGGUCGACGAGAAUGACCUGCUCGUCGACGACGACCGCCUCAACCACGGCAUGGCCCUCUCCCUCGACGGUCGCACCAUCUACGCCUCCACCCCCGACUCCGUCUACGCCUGGUCCUACGACCCCUCCACCGGCUCCAUUAGCGACAACCGCACCACCGUCGUCGACGGCAUGCAGAGCAGCGUCCACGUCACCCGCACCCUCCUUGUCUCGCGCCACAGCCCGGGCUACCUCGUCAUCGCCCGCGGCAGCAGCGACAACCUCGCCCACCAGGCCCACGACCUCGACGCCGGCGUCUCCCAGGUCCGCGCCUUCAACCUGAACAACACGGCCGCCUACCCCAUCGACUUUGUCGCCGGCGGCCGCGUCCUCGGCUGGGGCCUGCGCAACUCCGUCGGCAUCGACGAGGACCCGGCCACCGGUCGCAUCUACGCCGUCGAGACCUCCAUCGACGAUGUGGAGCGCAAUGGCGAGCUCAUCAAGGAGGAUAACCCGGCCGAGGAGCUCAACUACCUCGGCACCGUCGCUGAGGCCCUGGAACGGGAGGACGAUGCCGACGCCCCGAACUUCGGGUACCCUGUCUGCUACGCCGUCUGGGAGGCCGACGACAUCCCUGAUCAUGAUGGGCUGGAAGUUGGUGACCAGUUCUCCAUCGAGACGAACAGCACGCUGAACGAUACGACUUGCUCGGAGAACUACGUCUCUCCUCGUCUGUCUUUCGCCGCCCAUACUGUGCCCCUUGCUAUGAGGUUCACCCGGGAGGGUUCCCAGGCUUGGAUCACCUUCCAUGGAAGCUUCAACCGCGAGGACCCCACCGGCUACACCCUCUCCGUCGUCCAAUUCAACGACGGCGAACCCGUCGAACCCGCCACCUCCCACGACAGCGUCACCCACAUCAUGAGCAUGGCCGACCUCACCACCUGCCCCGACAACUGCUUCCGCCCCAUGGCCAUCGCCUGGGGCCCAUCCGGCCGCGUCUUCCUCACCUCCGACAGCACCGGCGAGCUCUACAUCAUCGAGCGCCGCGCCGACGGGCCCUCCGGUACCCAGUCCGGCACCAUCGAGCGCCCCGAGGAGACGGGGUCGCCCGACGGCGGCGACGACCCCGACAGCGCCGCCGUUGGUGUCUCGGCCGUGCAGUCGCUUGGUCUUGCUGUUGCCGCGGUUCUUACUGGCUUGCUCGUGGCGAUGUAA